GCAGCAAGAAGUCGAGCGAGGAUGACCAAGCAAAUGCACGGUCUGGUUUUUCGAUUAAACGUCGACGUUUAUCAAAGCGUUGUGGUUGUAAAGCCAGUAUCUCAUUCAAGUUCUUCUCCGAUGGAGGAGUUUCAGGUUAUACUGUUGAGGAGUUUAACGAAGUUCAUAACCAUUACAUGGUUGUGACAGAGCAUCAGCAGUUUAUGUCAAUCAAUCGAAACUUGGACGACGUACAUCAUCAAUUUAUCCUUGAUUGUUCAAAGGCUAACAUAGGCCCCACGCUCACGUUUAACGUGCUGAAGGAAAUUCUCGGUGGUUUUCAGCUCGUUGGCUGCAAUGUUGGGGAUAUAAGGAAUGCUUCACGAGACAUCAAAGCAUACGUUCAUGGUAUUGACGUACAAAUGGUUUUGGAUGAUAUGGCUAGGAAGAAGGAGAUGUCCGAGGCAUUCACAUAUGAGUACGAGGUUAAUGCUAGCAACCAGCUGGUUGCUCUGUUUUGGUGUGAUGGUUUGAUGAAGAGGAAUUACCACAUGUUCGGUGAUAUUGUGGCUUUUGACACCACCUACAACACCAAUAGGUAUUGUAUGAUCUUCGCGCCAUUCACGGGAAAGGACAAUCAUGGAAGACCAGUAACUUUCGCUGCUGGUUUGGUAAGCAACGAGAAGACAGACGCUUUUGCAUGGCUGUUUAGACAUUUUGUCCAAUGUAUGGGUGUUGCUCCAAAGAUGAUUGUUACAGAUCAAGAUUUGGGGAUGAGAUCGGCUAUUGAAGAGAUUCUUGUUGGGACUCGCCACAGAUGGUGUAUGUGGCAUAUCAUGCAUAAGUUGGCCAAUAAAGUUCCUGGUCGGUUGUUGCGGGACGAAGAUUUCAAGAAAGAGUUCAAUGCCUGCGUCUGGUCGGAUCUGCUAGAACCCGACGAGUUCGAAGAAGAGUGGAAUGGAGUAGUUGAACGUUACGACCUGGAAGACCAUGGUUGGUUGAAGACAUUGUACGACUACAGGCAAUUAUGGAUACCUGCAUACUUCAGAGAUUUCCCGAUGGGCUCGAUGAUUAGGACCACCUCUAUUUCUGAGUCAGAGAACAGCUUCUAUAAAAAAUUUCUGAAGCCACGCAACAACAUUGCCGAAUUCUACUUGAAUUUCAACCAAGCUGUGGAUUUCCAGCGGAAUAGUAGAACAAAGCUGGACUACCAAGACGCGACUGCCCUACCUAUAUUGGCCACUGCUCUUCCUUUCGAGAAACAUGCUUCUACUCCGUACACAGAUAGUAUGUUCAAGAAAAUACAAGAGGAGAUUGUUGAGGGAAAUGACAGAUGCCGCGUUUUGGACUUCUCGUCUGCAGACAUGGUGGACACCUACAAACUCGGAGACAGCCUUCGCAAUUCGUACUUUGUGAGACAUGAUAAGAGUGACGAGUCAUACUCAUGCGAUUGCAAACUUUUCGUUAGGCAGGGAUAUCUGUGCAGUCAUAUAUUCUUUUUGUUUAGGAACAAUGAAGUGAAAAAGAUUCCGGAUGACUACUGUGCAAGUAGAUGGCUGAAGACCCCGCUAGCUAAGGCUGUCCAUGGACAUGUUGAUGAGACUUUACCUACACAGUCCUUUGUUGAUGAAAGGCAAAACGUUUCAAAGCAAGGGAUCUCACUGUUCUAUGGUUUUCUUCGUCGUUUUGAGACGGACAUUGAUGUGCUUCGUGCAUUCGUAGGUGGACUAGAGGAACUGGGUAAUUCACUUCAAGCUGGAACUCCUUUAACAUCCGUUUCUGAGAAGAGGCGCAUGAUUGAACAGUUUUAUGGAAUGGAAAGGCCGGAAGUCGUCGAG